AUGGCGAAGGAUCACUCGUCACGGAAUGGGAAGCCGUCGACCAAACCGACUCGUCAGAAUCCUCGAAUAUUGAAACGAAAGAGGAACGAAGACGACAUAGCGUCGCUCAAACAGCGAGUUGCAGAGCUUGAUACCAAAGCUACGAUUGAGAGCUUCACGGACCUUCCACUCUCUGAGCCGACAAGGCUGGGUCUCUCUGCAUCUCACUUUAAGGAAUUGACAGAUAUUCAAUCCCGUGCGAUCCCCCAUGCGCUACAAGGACGAGACAUACUUGGUGCCGCCAAAACGGGGAGCGGGAAGACUCUGGCAUUCCUCGUCCCGGUGCUGGAAAACCUAUAUCGAAAACAAUGGACGGAAUACGAUGGACUGGGGGCGCUGAUAAUAUCGCCCACUCGCGAAUUGGCUAUCCAGAUAUUUGAAGUUUUGCGGAAAAUUGGUCGAUAUCAUACCUUCUCGGCGGGCCUUGUUAUCGGAGGGAAAAGUCUACAGGAGGAGCAGGAGCGUCUGGGAAGGAUGAAUAUUCUCGUGUGUACUCCUGGGCGUAUGUUACAGCACAUGGACCAGACGGCGGCAUUCGAUACGGAUAAUAUACAAAUGUUGGUUCUGGACGAGGCGGAUCGCAUUAUGGAUAUGGGAUUUCAAAGCACGGUAGAUGCGAUUGUGGAACAUCUCCCCAAGGAACGACAGACAAUGUUAUUUAGCGCCACGCAGACGAAGAAAGUGUCUGACCUUGCUCGGCUGAGUUUACAGGACCCAGAGUACAUUUCUGUGCAUCAGACUGCGUCAAGUGCGACGCCGUCUACUCUACAGCAGCAUUAUGUUGUAACGCCGUUGCCCGACAAGUUGGAUACCCUAUGGAGCUUUAUCCGAAGCAGUUUAAAAUCGAAGAUUAUCGUCUUCUUUUCUUCAAGUAAGGAGGUCCGUUUCGUCUACGAGGCCUUUAGACAAAUGCAGCCUGGAAUACCACUUCUACAUCUUCAUGGCCGGCAAAAGCAAGGCGCACGGCUUGAUAUCACGCAUAAGUUUUCUGCUUCAAAGAAUUCGUGUCUGUUUGCUACAGACGUGGUGGCAAGAGGACUUGACUUCCCGGCGGUCGACUGGGUCAUUCAGCUGGAUUGCCCCGAAGAUUCGGAUACAUACAUACACCGGGUUGGGAGGACCGCACGGUAUGAGCGAGACGGACGAGCGGUGCUAUUUCUUGAUCCUAGUGAGGAAAUAGGUAUGCUCUCUCGCCUAGAGCAGAAAAAGAUACCAAUCGAAAAGAUAAAUAUCCGGGCCAACAAGCAGCAGAGCAUAAAACAUCAGCUGCAAAACAUGUGUUUCAAAGAUCCGCAGCUCAAAUAUCUCGGGCAGAAGGCAUUUACCUCUUAUGUCAAGUCAAUACACAUCCAAAAGGAUAAGGAGGUGUUUGACGUGAAGGCGCUUCCACUAGAAGAAUAUGCGGCUAGCUUGGGCCUUCCCGGUGCGCCGCGCAUCAAAUUUAUCAAGGGAGAGGAUACCAAGUCAUUGAAGAAUGCUCCUCGGCGGCUACAGCUUGUUUCGAGUGAUGAAGAUGACGACGAAGCUGAGAUUGAUGGAAGCAAAAAGAAGAAAGUCAAGGAGCCUGAAGUACGAACCAAGUAUGAUAGGAUGUUUGAGAGGAAAAAUCAAGACGUGUUCACCGAACAUUAUACCAAACUUAUAUACGAUGAAGAGACAGGUGAUAAGGACGGUGGCAAGGCAAACGAUGCUACUAAUGGUGAGGAUGAUUUCCUUGCAGUGAAACGGAGGUACGAGGUUGAGGACGACAAGGAGCCUGAUGGCCAAUCUCACAAUGAUCUUGGUAUACAAGUGAAGGAAGCAGCUGGAGGUGUUCGAGCAGUGCAUAUUGACGGCCGAGCGCCACUCCUCAUCGACUCGAACCGGCGAGAGAAGCUUCUACAAUCUAAGAAGAAGCUCCUUAAGUACAAGAACCCUGGCAAGAAGCUAGUUUAUGAUGAUGAUGGCAAUGCUCAUGAAAUCUAUGAACUGGAGAAUGAAGAAGAUUUCAAGAAACGAGGAGAUGCAGCAGAGCAGAGAGCCAAGUUCCUCGAGCUCGAGACUGAGCGAGCACGGCUGGCAGAUAUUCGUGACAAGGAGAUCGCCAAGCAGAAGAAGCGGGAAAAGAAAGAACAGCGUCGGGCGAAAGCGAGGGCAGAGCGAGAGGCUGCUGCAGAGGAUGGCGACGGCCCGGUUGCAUACCUGGCACCGUACGAAGGAGCCGAGGGAGAAGGAGGCGAUGCCAUGGAAGAUGAAAUGGAGGAGAAUGAAACCAGGCCUCCUAGCAAGAAACAGAAGAAGGCCCGAGACGACCACCAUGAUACCAGCGACAGGAAAGAGAAGAAGAAGGGUACCAAAAUCACCUUUGACGAGCCAGCUGAGAUGCAGACAUUGGAGGACCUGGAAGCUUUUGCCAGCGGUUUACUUGGAUAG